AAAACUGAACUUAUGCACUUUCCCCGCAGAGGCAACACCUCGCAGCUACCAACAAUAACCCUUGCUGGACGCACUAUCGAACCCUCAACAACAUGGCGAUAUUUGGGGUUCAUCUUUGACCCCCGGCUAUCCUUCAAAGAGCAUGUACGCUUCUAUGCGACACGAGCCCUGAGCACAGUGAAGUGCGCUCUCCGCCUUGGCAACUCACUCAGAGGCCUCUCACCCCUACAGCGACGCACACUCUACAAGUCCUGCGUUGUCCCACUACUCACAUAUGGUUGCCGCGUCUGGUGGCGGAAACAUGGCGUCAAAGGACUAAUGAACAUCCUGUCAAAGGCACAGCACGAGGGAGUACGUUGGAUUCUUUCAGCGUUUCGCACAUCCCCCAUCGGAGGCAUGGAAGUGCUCUCCGGCAUACCCCCC